ACCGAACACACACGCACGCCAUGCCCUCGUAUCUCGCCGUUGUUCUCCUCGUUCUCACAAUAGCAUGUGUGGCAUGUCGGGCAGCGUGUCCUGCCUCCUUCCCCGCCUUCACCCCUGUUGCCACUGGCUGCACACACUGCGUGGUUGACAGCUCAAUUUGUCGCGCUGGAUGCUUUGCUUUUGAUUCGACGGUUUCGGGUUCAAGACCCGAUGGCAAGCUCAUUGGCCUCUACACCUUUACGGAAACGUCUGGCUCCACGGUUGUCGAUCGAUCUGGCGUAUCGCCGCUAGCUGAUGGCACCUUGUCCGGCGCCCACUUUACGUGGCAUCCCGCACAGGGCCUCACUCGAGCGGUGGGCGUUGGCUCGCGGGUUGUUGCCGCACCCUUGAGCAAGUAUGUGUCUGCCUUUCAGGCCUCCAACCAGCUCGCUAUCGAGGUUUGGGCAGAGCCGGCCGGUACAGCCGCAGACGGGCCGGCCCGGAUCGUCACUUUCUCUCACGGGGCAAGCUGCCCGGCGCAGCAAAUGGUCCACAUCGCCCAGGAGACGACCCAGGCCUCUUUCCGUUUCGUCGGCCAGAGCAGCAACGUGUGCGGUGAUGUGUUUGGCACAAACGUCUUUGUCGCCAACACUCCCACCCAUCUCGUGGUCGAGUAUGCGGGCGGUUCGCGGACGGUUUACAAGGACAACACUGCCAUCCACUCGCCUUCGGAAUCGCUGGGCAGCAUUGUCGCCGAUUGGUCUUCUACCAACCUCGUCUUCUUCGACGAGUUUGGCACUGAUCGCCACUGGCCCGGCACCAUCUACACCGUCGCCAUCUACGAUGGCCCGCUCUCUCCCACCACCCGCACGGAGCACUUACGAACGGCACCGACUACGCCCGCGACGUGCGGUUGGUCACGUGCGGACUCUGCGGAAACCAUGCUUGCUGUCCGCCGUACAACAUCCCUGGCCUCCACAUGUCGUGCACCGCCAGUGACGUCCAAGCUGGCGUGUCCUGCACCCUCUCCUGUCCCGAUCCGCAGCAGGUGCCCACACCAUACGCCAAGCGGACCGACACCUGCAACGGGGCAUCGUUUCCCAACGGGCCAUGGCCAACUACCUGUCGUCACCCGCCGGUGGCCGUCACCAUAGGAGCUGCUUCGGCCUCGGCUGUCUCCGUCUCCGAUCCGACUGGCCUCGACACUGUCGCCUUUGGCGUCACAAAUGCCCUGGGCUCGCCAGUCACUACCUCGGGCACCAUCGAAGUCUCGGUCCUUAACGUCACCUUUCCAGCCGCGUCGAUCUCCUCGGGUGAGUCGUGCACAAUGUCGUCGGCGUCAUCAUGCACUUUGGCCGCCCCGGUCUUUUCCUCGUUUGGCUACUACGUCCUAGCUGUUGCCUAUACCCAGACAAGCCCCGACUUUGACACCUACCCACCAACAGCAGCCCUUGCCACUCCUGCAACGUCGCCCGCCAUCACUGUUCGUGUCGAACUUGCCCUACUUGUCUCUAGCAUCACCACAGGUGAGAACAUCGCCUUUGCGAGCAUCGUCCACGGCGCUCCCUCGUCGGCCUCGAUCUCGCUCGACGCCAGUCUCUCGACAUGUGAAUUUGCGACGCCGCCGCCGGUCCAGGUCGAAGCCAAUGCUGUCAACACCUUGUUCACCUACACCGCAGGCGUUGACUUUGAGAGCAUGACUGGCCCCAACCCUUGCGUCCUUGUCUGGACCUCGGACGACGACCCCAGCUUCUCCACGCCGCCGUUUACACUCACAGUGACCGACGUCGACGAGCCCGCGCUGCUCUCGAUGUCACAGACGCUCGCCACCCUUACCGAGCCCGGCAAUGUGACAGUGACCAUCACCGUGGCCGACGUCGACACCGGCGCCGAUCCGGUCCUCAUUCUCGGCUCGCAACCCAACGGUGUCCGCGUCUUUCACGCACCCGGGUCCGAUCCGUCGGCGCUGGUCCUCGUCGACACAACGCCGUUUGUCUUCCCCGCGCCGGUGGUCCGACGCUCGCCAUCGACAUCGUCCUCGCUCCUGUGCCCGGCACCUACUCCUCGUCGCUCAACUUUACCUACGACGACGUACCCUGGCAGCGAACCUCGGUCUCGACCUUUGAGGUCAACAUUCCGUGUCCUGACCCGGUCAACAUGGUCCUCGGUCCGUCGGGCGUGUGUCUCUGCCCCGACGAGGGCCAGUUCAUUAACGUGCAGAACUUGUGCGAGGCCUGCGCGCCGGGGACGUACUACGAUCCAGCCCGCGGCGCCUUUCCAUGUGUGCCGUGCGUCGAGGGCAUGUACUGCCCCGGUGGCCCCGCCAAACCCGAGGCUGAUGACGGCUGGUGGGAGUUUCCGCCGGGCGUCUUCACCCCGUGCUCGCCAGCCAACAUCUGCAGCCGUGGCAACAUCUGCUCACGUGGCAACGUCGGCAUUCGGUGUGAGGAUUGCAUUCCUGGCUUCUUCAAAGAGUCGGGCGUGUGCAAGCCAUGCCCAAACCUUGGCCCGCUGCUUAUUGUCUUGCUCUUUGCCAUCAUGCUCGUCAUCAUGAUUGUCCUCAUCAAGAUCGCCCGCAAGUCGGCAGCCUACUUUACCGCCGCUUCGAUCGGGUACAACUUUAUCUCCAUCGUCUCGCUCAUGGCGGCGUUCAAGCUCAAGUGGCCGUCGUUCCUCCUCCAGUUCUACAACGUUCUCUCGUUGGUCAACCUCAACAUCUCGGUCUUCAAGCCCGAAUGCGCACUCGCCGGUGGCUCCAUCGCCUACUUUAAGGUCUGGAUGCUCAAGCUCUCGCUUCCGCUUGUCUUUGCCGUUAUGUUUGUCCUUGCCAUUCUCGCGCUGAGCUGCUACGCGCGAUGCUGGCGGAUGGCGUACGCGCGCGGCUACGCUCGUACCUCCCGUCUCCCGCGCGUCACGCAUGUCACUCAAGUUCUCUUCCGCAACGCUUGUGUCAACGCAUACAUCACCGUUCUCAUGCUGCUGUACCUCUCACUUGUCGCCGUCACCUGCGAGGCCUUUGAUUGCGACAAGAACGGCAAGCUUGUCCGCGAUCCCAAGGUUGUCUGCGGCUCGGCCGAAUGGAAGUCGACUUUCCUCCCGCUUGCCAUCGUCUCGCUUGUUGUUUACGGUGUCGGCAUUCCGCUGCUCUUCUUCUCGGUCCUCUUUGUCGCGCGCGCCUCGCUCUUUCGCGAACUCACCAUUGUCAAGUACGGCCUCCUCUACCGCCGCUACAAGCCGCGGUUCUUCCAGUGGGAGCUGGUCAUUCUCUGCCGCAAGCUCUUCAUUGUCAUUGCCAUCUUUCUCUUCCCGCACACCCCGCUGGCGCAGGCCUUUAUCGCCCUGCUCUCGAUCUCACUCUCGGGCGCCGCUCACGUCUACGCCCAGCCGUAUCUCACCCGUCG